AAUCUGGGUAAGUCCCAUUAAAGAACAGGCGAGGCCCCGCACCACCUGUGGAGCCACGGAACUCCAUUUCCCAGAGCCCCUGCUGAGGCCUGGACUGGUCCUUCACCCGCCACGUAAGUAGGAGGGCCUUCGUCUUCUGGGGAAGUUGGUAGCGAUAGCGGAAACUACGAUACCCAUAAGUCUGCGGUGCAGGGCGGUGGCGGCGGCGACUGAGCCAAUGAAGCCUUGAGAGAAGAAUGCUUGCAUGAGUGCGCAUCGUGUGGGGGCGGGACUUCCGGCGUUCCUUCUCGUCAGUUUGGUGGCUGUCCGGCUCCGGGGUUCAGGGCUUUCUAGGCGCUUCGCGGAGGCGGAGGCGGAGGUGACGAGGCGGAAGAGCGUGAGGAGAGGCGUCGUACCCGCCGCAAAAGCGGCUGCCAGGGCCCGCGUCCCCUCCCAGUCGCCCGCCGCUCCUCGUUCCGUUUUCCCACUGGUCGGAGGCGGAGGCCGCGCUGAUGAAGCCGGCUCAGUGUCCCAUGGAGGUGGCAGAGAUGCUUAUGGACCCUGGGCAGAGCCAUGUGGUCUUUGAAGACGUGGCCAUAUAUUUCUCCCAGGAAGAGUGGGGCCUCCUUGAUGAAGCUCAGAGAUUUUUGUACCAUGCUGUGAUGAUGGAGAACUUUGCGCUUUUGUCCUCCCUAGGUUGCUGGCAUGGAGCCCAGGAUGAGGAGGCACCUUCAGAGCAAGGUGUUUCUUCAGGAGCAUCACAGGUCAGGACUCCAAAGCUAGGCCCAUCCAUCCAGGAGGCCCAGCCCUGCGAUGCAUGUGGCCCAGGAUGGAAAGACCUUUUGCGCUUGGCUGAGCAUGAUGGACUGUACCCCGAUCAAGAGCUAUACAUUUGUGGGGCAAACCUACACUGGCACCAGAAGGAGCAGAUUGGAGACAAAUUUUCCAGAAGGGAAGAGGGGAGGUGUUCCUUUGCAAUGAACAACAGUGUUCACAAGGCAGACAGUAGCUUCACGUGCAGCAAAGGUGGGAAGGUUUUCCUGGGCAGCACAGGCCUUCUCCAACACCUGGCCUAUCACAAUGCAGUGAAACCACAUGGGGAUACUGAGUGUGGGGAGGCCUUUGCAUCUGGACAGAAUGACUACAAGUGCGCUCAGUGUGGGAAAGCCUUCAGCCAAAAACAAAUACUGCUUGAACACCAGAAAAUCCACACUGGAGGAAGAUCUUAUGAAUGCAGCAAAUGCGGGAUGGGCUUCAUUAGAAAGUUUCACCUUGUGCAGCACCAGAAAAUUCACACUGGAGAGAGGCCUUUUAAGUGCAAUGAAUGUGGGAAAGUCUUUAGGUACAAUUCCAUGCUCAUUAGUCACCAGAGAAUUCACACUGGAUUAAGCCCUUAUGAGUGUAACAAAUGUGGGGAAUUCUUUAAGUAUAAUGCCAACUUCAUGAAACAUCAGAGAAUCCACACUGGAGAAAGGCCUUAUGAAUGCAGAGAAUGUGGGAAGUUCUUUAGGUACAACUACAGAUUGAUACGACACAACAGAGUUCACACUGGAGAAAGGCCUUAUAAAUGUAGCGAAUGUGGUAAAUUUUUCAGGUACAGCUCCACAUUUAUUAGACAUCAAAGAGUUCACACUGCAGAAAAGCCUUAUGAGUGCAGUGAAUGUGGAAAAUUCUUUAGGUACAAUUCCACACUCAUUAAACACCAGAGAGUUCACACUGGAGAAAGGCCUUAUGAGUGCAGUGAAUGUGGGAAAUUCUUUAGGUACACCUCUACACUCAUUAGACAUCAAAGAGUUCACACUGGAGAAAGGCCUUAUGAGUGCAGCUUAUGUGGAGAAUUUUUUAGGUACAAGUCCAAGCUCAUUAAACAUUGGCAGAAUCACACGGGAGAGAGGCCUUAUGAAUGCAGUGAAUGUGGGAAAUCCUUUAGGUACCACUGCAGACUCAUUAGACAUAAGAGAGUUCACACUGGAGAAAGGCCUUAUGAGUGCAGUGUAUGUGGAAAAUUCUUUCGGUAUAACUCCAACCUUAUUAAACAUUGGAGGAAUCACACUGGAGAGAGGCCCUAUGAGUGCAGUGAAUGUGGGAAAGCCUUUAGCCACAAACAUAUACUUGUUGAGCAUCAGAAAAUCCACACCGGAGAAAGGCCCUAUGAGUGCAGCAAAUGUCGGAAGGCCUUCAUUAGAAAGUCCCAUCUUGUUCAUCACCAGAAAAUCCACAAUGAAGACAGACCUAUGAGUACCAUAAAUGUGGGGCAUUCUUGAGAUAAAACUCCAAGCCAUUAACCAGAGAAUUACACUGGUAAGGAAACAUGGGUGCAGAGAAUAUGGCGAAGCCUUUAGGUACCACUCUAAACUCUACACUGGGAAGCACCUUAUGAGUAGAGUAAAUGUGCAAAAUUGUUUUGGCACAGCUUGCCAUUCAUCAGACAUCAAGAGAUCACUGGACGAAGGCCUGGGUAUAGUCAAUAUGCAGUCUUAGGUGCAACUCCAGCCCCAUUACACAUCAGAGAAUUUGCAAUGGAAAAAGACCUUAUUUGUGCAACAAAUGGCAUUUGUUCAUCUAAAACUCUAACCUCAUUUGGCACCAAAAGUUCAUACCACAUUAGAGUAUUGCAGAGGAGGAAAGACUUCAAAUAUCUGCUCUUCUUUGUCCCUGGGAAAUACUGUAAUAUAGUUUUUUUUAUUUUACAUUUAUGUUAUGGCAAAGUGCAUGUAGCACACAUUACACUGUCUGAAUUGUACAGUUUAGUAGUGUUAAAAAAUUCACAUAUUUAUGCAACUAAUUUCCAGAAUUCCUUUCAUCUGGCAAAACUGAAACUAUACCCAUGAAACAGCUCCUUCUAGCCCCUCCCUACCACACCUGGAAACUUUUUAUACCCCAUCUAUGAAUUUGACUACUCUGUUUACUCUUUGUUAGUGGAAUCAUACAGUAUUUGUCUUUUUGUGACUGGCUUGUUUUGCUUAGCAGGAUUUCUCUAUUUGUCAGCAUUUCCUUCUGUUUUGAGAAGGAAUCAGUUGACAUACCUAAGAUACAGGGAAGGGUGAUGGUGGAGUCAAUACAGCUUUGCCAGAUGUUAAAUUAUUUCUAGAGGAAGAGGAGGUCCAGAUUUUAUAUGGAAUCUUUAUUUCUUAACAGCUUUAUUGAUGUAUUGACAUAUAUUAAAACUGCAUUUAUUAAAAGUAUAAAAUAUAUUUUUCAUAUAUGUGUCCGCAAUGGGAGCAUCACCAGAGUCGUGAUAAUGAAUAAUUCAUAGCCCCUGUAGUUUCCAUGCACCCUUUUUCAUAUUCUCUCUCCCAGCCCUACCCAACUUGCCAUCCCCAAGUGGACACUCCAGUUUGCAUUUUCUAGAAUUUUCUAUAAAGGGAAUCCUAUAGUUACUCUUGUAUGCUGUUUUCACUAAGUGCAUAUAUGUAUUUUUAGUAUUAUCCAUGCUGUGUGCAUAAAAGCAUGGCAUCUAACAAGGCUGUGUGUUAUGUAUUAGAGCUGCAAUGUCUAUAAACAACAAAGGUGCUGAUCACUGAGUGAAAGAGUUGUUUAGAAGGGGAAAGUGAGGGGCACCUGGGUGGGUCAGCGGUUGAAUGUCUGCCUUCAGCCCAGGAUGUGAUCCUGGAGUCCUGGGAUCAAGUCCCACAUCAGGCUUCCUGCAUGGAGCCUGCUUCUCUCUCUGUCUGUGUCUCUGCCUCUCUCUCUCUGUCUCUCAUGAAUAAACAAAUAAAAUCUUUAUUUAAAAAAGAUUUAGAUAAAGUAAACUUAAGCUCAGUUUCUUGAAUUCAUUAUCAAAAAUUUUUGAACCAUCUGAACCACAAUUCUAAAAAAUUCUUGCUUGACUUUUUUCUAGUAGUGUUUUAAAGCUAUGUCUUUGUAUCA